CAUUUAUAGAGGGGCAGACAAGUACAGAAGAUCCUCGCCUCUCACUCCUCUUCCUACGUUGCACAUUUUCUGAACCCACAAAACAGCAUUUAUAUCGGCAUCUCUUUUGCGUUCCCACCUUCAGACUGGACUUCUUCUUCUUCUGGUUCCUCUCUGGCAAUUUCUGGUAGUGUGGGUGGUGACUGGUGAGGAAAAUGAGUGCCACGAAGUUCAUAAAAUGCGUGACUGUUGGAGAUGGAGCUGUUGGGAAGACCUGCAUGCUCAUCUGCUACACCAGCAACAGGUUCCCAACUGAUUAUAUACCCACUGUCUUUGACAACUUCAGUGCUAAUGUUUGCGUGGAUGGGAGCAUUGUCAACUUGGGACUGUGGGACACUGCAGGCCAAGAAGAUUAUAGCAGAUUGAGGCCGCUGAGUUAUAGAGGAGCAGACAUAUUUAUUCUGGCCUUCUCUUUAAUUAGCAGGGCAAGCUAUGAGAAUGUUCUUAAGAAGUGGAUGCCCGAACUCUGUCGCUUUGCACUCAAUGUCCCAAUUAUUCUGGUUGGAACCAAGCUUGAUCUACGUGAAAAUAAAGGAUAUCUUGCUGAUCAUCCAGGCGCAUCUGUGAUUACGUCUGCACAAGGCGAAGAACUUAGAAAACAAAUAGGCGCUGCAGCAUAUAUUGAAUGCAGCUCGAAGACACAAAAGAACAUCAAGGCUGUUUUUGACACUGCAAUCAAGGUGGUUCUUCAGCCACCAAGAAGGAAGGACAUGGUGAAGAAGAAAACCAGAAGAAGCUCUGGUUACUCCAUGAGGAGAUUCAUAUGUGGAAGUGCGUGUGUUGCGUAGUACGAGAAAGCAACUUAUUUUGACUUGUGAGUACAUGUGCCAAUGGCCAUGUUAACUGAAACAUAUUACCAUCAGUCUUCUAGUUCUAGUGAGAUAGCUGGCGAGCUAUUUCUUUGUCCAUGGCCAGAGGGAACCUUUUGUUCUCCCAUGCUCAUGGGGAAGGAAUCCUUCUUUUGCUGUUAUUGUAAGAACUGAACAUCUUUUACCUUCAUAUUAUGUGUGUCCUGUUCGAUCUAGAUAUUUGGAAGACAUGCAUAUUAGAAAGUAGAUUCUGUGAUGUUAUUGGAACAUA